UUAACUUUGGGCCAGCAUGUGCGUCUGAUAAAACCAUUUAUAAAACGGUUACCACACAAUACAAACAUCAAAGCCGAAAAAUAUGUAUCAAUGUAUGUUUCGUGAAGUAAAAUCACUUAAAGUCUUCCAGUCCAUGAUCGACUGUGAACAGCAACAGAAUGUUUCGUGGCUAAGGGUGCGGCGUGAUACACAGAAUUGUUGGGUGAAGCAGUCAUAGCCAUGUCGUAUCGUGAAUAAAGCAAAGCUAUUGACACAGCUAUCAGAAUCAAGGACUGUAACUAACUGUUUUUUAUUUGUUAUAUAGUGUUUUAUUUGGAAGAAAACAGUGUACAGUAUUUAGACAUUUAGAAAUAUGUUAGCAACUGACAUUUCUGAGACGCCAUUGUCUACCAUAGUAAAAAAAGAAAUAUGGUACUCAGGGUACCCCAGAACUGUUUCUUUUCCUAAAUUCUUCAAAAUAUCCCAUUUUGUGUUCAACAGAACAAAUAAAAUUUAUAAUAAAUUUCCUACCAUGGUAGUCAAUGAUGUCCCAGAAAUCUCAAUUGCAACAUUUAAAAAAAAUAUCUUUCUUUGUGUUCAACCAUACAAAGAAAUAUACAGGUUUGGAACCACUUGGGGAUGAGUAAAUUAUCACUGAAUUUACAUUUUUGGGUGAACUGUACCUUUGCGAGUCGACAAGACACGUUACUAAAACAUUUUUUGAGUGAUUUUGACAACUUUCACUUUUAAACAGUGAGGUAAACAAGACCACAAAUGUAAUGAGUCAUUUUGAAUGGAGUCCUCUGGAAAAUGUCUCGUACAGUUAAACGUUAAAAGUUGAUGUUCUGACGAGUUGAUGGAAAUCACAUUCGUAUUAGUAAUUCUUCUGAAACACAUUAUUAUUCCAGAUAUCAGUCAUUGUAAGCGUGGGUUGAGAAAAGGGAACUGAAAUCUUUUUUUGUGUAUGCGUUUCUAUUUCGAAUUCUGUCUUUGUUCUAUUGUCGAUGGAAGAUUUCUUUACCCACAUACUGUAUGUUCACCUAAAAAUAUCAAUUAGUCACCACAAAAUUUCCGAAAAUAAUAAUGAUCUAUCACGCAAUAAUAUGUCAUCAUAAUAUUAAAAAUGUAAUGCCACACCCCUUUUACCACGAAUGUGUCGAUAUUUUUUAAAGGAGUUUUAGUUUGAAGAAAUAUGUUCUGUUAUAGCCAAUAAUGUGAAAUUCAUAGCAAGCGAAAGGUCAAGACACCUUUGAAGAAGGCAAGUUUACUCUUUCCAUUAAAUCGAGGUGAAGUACAUUGCGUUUCCUUGAGAAAUGUAACCUUUCAAUGAUCAAUAAGAGAAUAAGAGGUUAAACCUCAUUUCCCAGAAGUGUCAGAAUUUCUCUGAGUGCAUCAGACAGAAAAAACAGUAGGAGGUUUGACUCUAGAGAACAUUUUUUUCCGUUCACUAACCAGUAUACUGUGAGUGAGCUCUUAACACAAAUAAGUUGAAUCCGAUUAUACCAACAUCAAACAUGUUUUAAAGUGGAAAAACUGCAAAACUAGAGCAUUUAAAUGCAAACUAGGAUUCUAUUCCACUGCGGCGCACAGCAUGUCUUUAAAACCAAGACCAAGAUGUCUUUUAUGCCAAACAGGAAGCUGAGGUAACGUUUCAAGCAGACUUCACCAUCUCUGUGAGAUUUCCGUCUUAUCUUGAUCACAUACGACUCAAAAUAAACCAUCUGGUGUGUCCCAUCUUCCUGUAGACGAGCAGUGCACGUUUCAUCUCUCCUCCUCUUACUUUCCUCAUUCAUCUCCUCUCUUCCACUCAGAGCGGAGUGCUGCGGUCGAACUUGCUCUCAGAGGGUGACUUUUGAUCAUCUCCGGGCGGGAAGCAUUAUUGAAGUGGGUGACACUCUCUUCUCAUCUCAGGAGCUCUUUUCUGGGAGGUCACGUGAGAGCCGAAGCCAGACUGAAGCAGUACAGACACUGAGGUGCUCAGGUUAGGGCUGCUGGGUUUGAGAGGACACCCUUCUGCUGGCGGAGAACAUUGUAUCUUUCAUUAGAUAUGCAGGUGGUUAUGAACGCGACGCUCAACAUGUCAAACAAUUCAUCGUGUGUCAUUAUGACCCAGUCGGCAAGUCACCUGCUGAUGUCCAUCAACAUCAUCGCCUUCAUUCUGGGGAUACUGUUCAACUUGGUCACCAUCGGUCCCAUCAUUCAGCAGAUCUGCAGAAAGAACAUUUUGGGCAUCUACCUAUUCGGUCUGUCCAUCUCCGAUCUCCUCUACAUCCUCACCAUGCCUCUGUGGAUCUAUUAUUUUGCCAACAACCACAAAUGGAUGCUCAGCCAGGAAAUGUGCAGCCUUGCGGGCUUCUUUUACUACUCCAACCUGUACAUCAGCAUCUUUCUCCUUUGCUGGAUCUCCAUCGAUCGCUGCCUGGCCAUCACCUUCCCACUGCGUGUCCAAUCCUUCCGGCGCCGACGCUAUGCCUGGAUGAUCUGCGGGCUGGUUUAUGUUUUUGUCAUGGCCAUACAUUGUCUGAUACUGUACUUGGACGAAGUGUCGGAUCCGCUGGACGACAGCGAGAAGAGAUGCUAUGAGACCUUUCCGAUGACGAGACGCAUCGCCCUCUUUAACCUGAUACGUGUGGGCAUCGGUUUCUUGUUGCCUCUUGUGGUCAUCACGGUCUGCUACUGUUUGAUCCCAAGCAAGGUGCAACAAAGCACGGGGGUGGACGAGCACGGCAAACGCAAAGUGAGACUGCUGUCUAUGGGAGUCAUUGGUAUUUUCUCUUUCUGCUUUGCGCCGUACCAUAUUAUUCUGCUGCUACGAUCCAUCGCCUUCUUCUCAGUGGGGGCUGAAAAAAGUUGCUACUUUGAACAAGUGAUGUAUUUGCCUUUCACUUGUUCUCUAGCUCUGUCCAGUCUAAACAGCGUGGUUGACCCGGUGCUCUAUGUGCUCGCCAGCAACGGUGUGAGGGAGGACAUGCGCUUAUACUGUUGCAAAAAAAAGCUGAGACAAGGGACGGGAAGCCCUCUCGUUGAUUCAAAAUGGAGGACCAGAGUAACACAUUUGACUUAAUGCCAACUUUGUAACGGUGGGGGGAAUUCGCUAAGAAUGAAUUAUGCCCGUUAAUGCUGGUUUAUUUGCACACAAUGUCUGUGUGGUUUUUGCAUCCGGCUGACAAAGGGAAUUGUGCAAAUCGGAUAACGGUACAAAAAAAAGUUUUCGAUCUUGCAGGUCAGAUGUGAGUGCUGAUUUAGGAGCAUGAAUCGCUUUUUAAAAUGCUCGAUUACACCACAUGCUGAAAAUAUGGCCGGUGAUUCAAUGAAUUAGCUACUUCAGCUUUAGAAAACGCAAACAAAUUUUACCAUCUAUGAAAAGCACAUUUAGUUCCUAUAUAAACAGGAUUUCAGGUGUUUUGGAUAUAAGUGACAGGAUUUUGUGCCGCAAAACUAGAGCUCAUUAAAGUGAUAGUUCGCCCAAAAAUGAAAUUUCUUUCAUCAUUUAUUCACCCUCUUGUCAUUUUAAACCUGUAUGACUUUCUUUUGCGCGGAACACAAAAGAAGAUAUUUUGAAGAAUGUCGUGAAACCGAACAGCAAUGGCACCCAUUGCCUUGCAUUGGUUUUGUGUCGCAAUAGUGAAUGGGUGUCGUCGCCGUUCUGUUACCAACAUUCUUCAAAAUAUCUUCUAGUGUGAGUAAAUCAUGACAGAAUCUUCAUUUUUGGGUGAACUGUCCCUUUAAUACAACCUUGCGGUGUUUGUACUCAGACUCCAUUUUUGUCCCCCAAAAAAGAAAAUAUUACAAACAUGCAUGUUGUUUUAGCACCCAACUGACAAAGAGAAUUGUGCAAAUCAGAAAACGGUGCAAAACAAACACAGUUUUAGUGCACGACACAAUUUAUAAAGCGCAAUUUUGCAUCUUGCACGGUGUUUCUGAAUGGUGCACCAUGCACGCAAAUUUGUCUUUAAAACGGCAAAAAAUGUGAUCAAUUAUAAAAUAAAAUGAUCCCUUUUCUUCUGUGAUGACAGAAAAUGUACACAAAAAUGUAUUCUAUAUACAUUUCCAAAAAAAAAAAAACGUGUCUCUGAAAAAAAACCCAUCAGCACAUUCAGUUUCUGUUUAACCCUCUGGAGUCUGAGGGUGUUUUGGGACCCUGAUAUUUUGUCAGUAGUUUAUAACUGGAUUUCAGGUGUUUUGUGAAUAUGUUGCAGCUUUUUGUCACAAAUGUCACAAAUAAUGGAAUUAUUACGUUGUUGUUUCAUCUCAAAUGGCGAAUAUAUCACUGUGUCCUUGUGACCAUAAAGUGGAUGUUUGUAAAAGGAACUAGAUCUCUGGCUUUGAAGGACCCUUGAAUCACUUGAACUUUCUGUGUAAGAGCCGUACUCGGUCUAAGAGUUGUUAUUGUGGGAUAAAACCUGUCUUGUUUGUUCUGUUUAUAUGGCAGAUUACUCCCUGUAACUCACCGUUGAAAUAGGUCUAACGGCUAAAGAACAUUUAAUCUAUCUGGAUGUAAAAAAACGACCUGUUGCAAAGUGAACAUUUAGAUGCUCAGCAUGUUGCCACUGUUCUCCACGUAUCCUUCAUCAUAUUGGGCUCAACAAAUGGCGCAUUUUAUCUCCUGCGAUUUACCGUAUUUAACGCUUAACACAAUUUGUGCUGAAUGAAACAAAAGCACAGAUUUUCACUGUAACGAGGCAUCAAAGCAAGCGAUUGCUUUCCCAGGAGACAAACUCAACAGAGAGCGUUCACGGGAACUGUUAAGGUAGAGCGUUUGGGUAGCAUCUCUAAUCCUAAUCACCCACAAUACACUUUUGUACAGUUUUUUUCCGCCGACAUGAUUCCAUACUAUAGAUGAGUGCCUCUCACGUGAUUGCAUUCUGAACCCUUUGUGAGUCUGAGAGCUAGAGUGCCCGUUCUGUUCUACUAUAAAAUGCCACGGACCAACUCAAUUGAGUGAUUUCGGAGCAUUGGCGAUGCUGUGAACUGCAUCUCUGAGUGCCUGGUCUGCAGUCUGAAUGGAUUAAAUGACUGCUCGCUUUCACAUGUUGCUCCAAAUGCUGCCUACCGUGUGUAGAACAUGCGCGAUGCCAUUUAUCAUCGGGACUGACUUGUUUGUGUUUCCAGUUUUAUUUGCACACCAAACUUUUCUCCCAGGUUCAUGUAAGGAGACGAAGCCACAUAACAACCGUAUUGUGUCACAAUAGAGUUAAUGCGAGCCGGUCUGCAUUGCAUGAUAUGAUGCUACAGCUGACGGCUCACCGCAACAGGAACUCUAUAGGGAUUUAGAGCACAACAGUAUAGAACGCUGUGUCUGCUUUCCUUCUCUCAGGGAAUUGAUUUUCACCCUCCUUUUCACCACACCCGAUGAGGUGAGAGAGCUUGUUCAUAUAGGAGGCUUAUUGCAUUAAAAUGCAGAUCAUUUUUCAGUAAAUAGGUGGAACUUAUGGAUCUCACAUUUUAGGCCAAAAUCCAAUAAAGGUCAAUUUUGCGAAUAGAAAUGCACAUAUUGUUUUAAUGUUAACUAGUUUAUUUUAGCAAAAGCAUAUGGACGAUUUACUUGACUUAAGUGUUUUUUUAUUUCCAUUAUUCCUAAUGGUGAUUCUCAUUAGAUUCUGAUUACUGUAAAUGGCCGUCAGUGCCACCCAAGUUAUUGCGUAGAUUGAGCGCAACAGAGUGAAACAGCCAACAGGUGUCUCUAAGAGAAGCUUUGCAGAACACAGAAUAUAUUUUGAAGAAUGUUGGUAACCAAACAACACUGGAGCCCAUUGCUUAUGAACACAAACUCACUGAGACAUUUCUCAAAAUAUCUCCUUUUGUGUUCUUCAGAAGAAAGAGUCAAACAGGUUUUCAACAACAUGGGGUGAAUAAAUGAUGACAGAAUUUUAUUCAUUUACUGAAUAAGUGAUUUAUAUUUUUACAUUACAGUAAUGUAAUUCUUAUAGCCUAGGGCGAGUGUGCUUAAACUAAAAAAAAAACAAUGUAAAAAUGUAACAAUGAAACAAUAGUUACUAAGGGACUGACUGCAGUCUUGAAAAAUUGGAUAACAGGGUUGGAAAGUGUCAUAAGCUUUCAAAAAAAAUCAAACCUAACAAUGAAGUCGUCAGCGAUUUAUGGUGUGAUUUGAGUGACAUUAUCACCAUCACCCUGGCAACUAUUCAAGUGACGGCACCUCAGAGCUUGGAAUGACCUUUUGUAUUUAAAUCCCUCACAGGGAUGUAUCAGGCCAAACCAAGUGCAAUUUACAUAAUGUAUAAAAUGAGAAAAGACAUUGCCAGAUUGGAUACAUUCCGGAUCCUGUUUUUCUCCUGACUGUUUCCUUGCAACUCAGCAGGUCUCCUCUGUCAUUUUUGGUAAGUGACUAAGGAGAUCAAAUUUGUCUCACUUAAUCCUACACUCAUGAAUCUACUGUAUCAUAAGGGAUUGGAAAUAUCUUGAUAUACAGCAACAGGCAACAAAAGGCUGAGUCACAAAAUGAGUUCAUGCAUCACUGUGCACAUUUGACAUUUAUGGAAAAGACUUAUCAAUACUCCAUUAAUUAUGAUUAAUAUUGAUGUAAAUGUGUUUUGAUGUAUAAUUUAUGCUGUGUUGUGGUUUUAUCAUUUUGUUUGUUACAAUAAAAUUCAUUUUUGAGU